CUUAGUAAUAUAGAAACGUUCUAUUCUUAAAAGCAUGUUUACACGUCAUCAAGUGUAACGCUGCGAUGGAGCGCUCAAUAAUUGCUAAACUUUCUGUGUUCAGUCCGAGGCGUGUUUGCGAAGUGUUUUAAACACCAGCCCGGCUAUAAACGCGUACAAAAGAGUUACACAAAUCCGAAACACGCCUCAGGGAGUUUAAAAGCUAAACACAUUUCGAAUUAUAAACGCAGUGACGUGUUUGCGAAAUAUUACAGGCAAGUGUUUUGAAAGAUCGGAACCCAGAUGUCUGAGUGUGUGGCAGGCAUCAUGGACUCAGGGAAGGCUGGGGAUACAGAGGCCGCCGGCCCGAGCGAAGUCGACACUGACAGUGGGCCAUCACACUCAGAGGCGGAACCCCACAGACAAAAUGGCCACCCGUCAAUCAGCGAGCAUUCACUAGCGGGAAACAAGCUCUCCGCCAAUGAGAACAAGCGACUCCUCCCCUCCCCCAGCCGCGACGCAAGACCCGCCCACAAAACUGAACAAGACGCCGCCCUACCUCAGCCUGAAUCCCCGCCCCCUCAUGCAAAUGGUCAGACCCAUGCAGGGGGCGUGUCGAAUGGAGCCCCGCCCAUCUGCACGCCCCCUCAGCUUCGAGCCGGCCCCCUGGUUCCCGUCAGAAGCCUCCAAAAGCAUCACCAUGGCAACGGGAAGCGUCUGACUACCUCCAGCUACAGAAGCCAGCGUAGCAUCAAAUCCACCGCCUCUGAGAUACAGCAAGCAGCCGGAGAGGACCACUGCAUACACUGCAUCCUGGCCUGCCUGUUCUGCGAGUUCUUGUCUCUCUGCUCCCUAUUGGUGGAAUGCGUGGCGUGUGGGCCGGGCUGCGGGGAGGCCUGCCGCUGUGGGGGCGGGGCCGAGGCCUGCUGCUGGGGCGGGGAGGAGAGCUGCGCAGCCGGCAUGGACUGUGGGCUGCUGGAGGACUGCUGUGAGUCCUCCGACUGUCUGGAGAUCUGCUUCGAAUGCUGUUCCAUUUGCUUCCCAGCCUAGGAAAAGGACUGGCUUUCCUUUCUCCCAUCUUACUUCUCAGUUCCGACUUCCCUCUGAGGGUCCAGCGCUUCUAACUGUGCCGUUUAUCUAUUGCUAAGAACAGAUACAUCUGAAUUGUAGACAUCUGUAGAAAAUCAAGUAAAGAGAAAGCAAGGGAAAGGGAGGCUCUUCUACUCUCUGAACAGCCUCCCUCUGCUCUGUGCUGGGGAGCAGAGAGAGAGAGAGAGAAAGGCAGGCUCUUCUACUCUCUAAUCAGCCUCCCUCUGCUCUGUGCUGAGCAGUGAGAGAGAGGGAAAGAGAGGCUGUGUAUAUAACACAGUGUUUGAAACUUGUUAAGAAAUAUAUAUGGUUUUGCUGCUGCUGUCACAGCUGGAUAGUCAUCUACAUCUGCUGUCACAGCCAAUGCUGUAUUGUGAGUGAGGAUGCUGUUUGUGUUACGGUUUGCUGUAAAUAUGUUUUGAAAUUCUGAAAUAACAAAAUAAAGAGAC